UUGUGCGCGCGAGCUGGUUUCGCGGCUGCGUGAAUUUUCAGUUUUGUUGUUCCCUUUUUUCUUCAUUUUUUUUCUCAUGUAAAGUUUUCUUAUACUGUGUACAAGUUAAUUCAAAUCGCCACUGUUUCUCACGAGUGAACUAAAUUUUUUUUUUUUCAUUUCAAUUACAAAAUAAAAAAAUUAAUCAUCGAUCGAUCGAUCCGCGCAUAUCGGGGAAAAAUUAAAAAAUUCAAACAAUCUUGGAAGCAUCGUUUUUUUUUUUAAAUAGAAAUGAAAGAGUGUAACACGGUUGAAUCUACUCGCAGUGACAAGCCUCGUCUCUACUGACACUGCAGUGAAGAUAGAAAGAAACUAGACUUUUCAGAUGCGAUGACGAGGUGACGAAUACAGGAACGCGGUGGCGAGUCGCACGUUUCGUUCGAAUCUCGAAAAAAAAGAGAGAGAAGAAAAAAGGAGAAGGCGAAGCAUUAAUUUCACAGAGUUUUGUUACUCACAAUUUUUUUUUGCAAACGACGAAAAAAUUAUACAAUUCAAGUAAAACAAAAUGGCGAAAGGUGCCGAAAGACUGCCGGGAACAUCGUCGAGGAUAAGGACUCGAGAUGACGGAUGCUGUUCGGUCAAUUUUCUUAAAUACGUUCUUCACAUCUACAACGUUGUAUUAUUCCUCUCCGGACUGGCGGUCGGCGGUAUCGGUAUUUGGACGGUAGUUGCCAAACACAAUUACAUUUCACUGCUUCCUACCUCAACGUAUCCAAUUUUGGCGUACGCUUUGAUAGUUGCUGGAACUUUAGCAAUUAUUGCCAGCUGGCUCGGAUGCGGUGGAGUUACGUCUGAAAACAGAUGCAUUCUAAUAGUGUACAUAUUCGUCGUCAUGGCUGUCCUAGUGAUGGAAGCUGGCGUUGGACUCAUGUCGAGACUUUACGAAGAGCAGGUUGAUUUGGAACUCAAGGUUCAUCUGAAUCGAACAUUCCUCGAUAAUUACUCUGUACGGUCGAGGGAAACAGCCGCCAUCGACGCUAUGCAGAUAGAAUUCAAGUGCUGCGGAGCGUUGAGAUUCGAAGACUGGCUUCACAGUGAAUGGAGCAAAGACGAAGAAGUUAUCGAAAACAGGAGCCUCGUUCCCGACAGUUGCUGUAAAACUCCAACACUCUUCUGCGGUCGCAGGGAUCAUCCGUCCAACAUACAAUACACGGGUUGCAUAUACAAAUUCCUGGAGACUACGAAAGACCAUUUGAUUAUCCUCGGAGCUGUCGGUCUCGGACUGUCGGUCCUGGAAUUAUUUGGCAUCGUCCUUGGCACCUGUCUUUACAUCGAAUUGAGGCACAAUUUCGACGACUGAUCCUGAUUACGAUAUUCGGUAUUGUUUGCCGGAUGGAAGAACAACGCAAUCGGCGUACACGGUGCAAAUAUAAAUGACGUAUUGUUAAUCGUUGAUUAUUUCGCAUAGACAUUGGAUGAAAAAUGAGGAGAUACGUUGAAUCUGAUUAACGUUAGUUAUAUUAGGGCCCCAGUGUUUUGGAGAAAUUGAAAUUACUUGUAAACUAUGAUUAUUCUACAGCGUUCGAAACGCUGAUAUAUUUAUGGCAUUUACGAGCUCCAAAUGGAGAGUUUGAAAUUUUGUAAUUUGUAUGAAUGAGAGAGGUAGCGAUGUUAAGAUUUAAUUUUUAAAUUCUUACGAAAUUUUAUUACGUGUACAAGCAUGAUGUGUUCGAAAUAUUCGCUUAUGUCGAGUAGAUAUAUCUAUACAAAUAAUUUAUCAAUAGAUGAACUGUUAUUGGAGAGAAAAAUUUAUGAUGAAUCUUUUAUCGAUGAAUAAUUGAUGCAGAUCGUUUUUAUAAUAUUGUGAGUAAUCUGAACGCUACCGUGCACAGUGCCUUAUUGUGAUCUUCGGAAUCGGAGAAAUGACAACGCCGAUUUUUAAAGUAUUUGGUAUAAAACGAUUAUUCAUAUCCAAAAAAAGUGACAUAUUUAAAAAACACAUACACCGUGAAUGGAUAAAUAUAAUCCAUGAUGAUACUAUGUUAUUGUUCGACAGUAUUUAUUUAUCUGUAGUGCAUAUUAUGAGAAGUACAAUUUUAUUCGAGAUUCAAAAAACCCCAGUCCUAACGAUAAUGUUUUAAUUUUAAGAUUAUAUUACCAGAUCAAUUUAUAAAUAUUCUGUUGCAUAGUUGUACAAUGAUGAUGAUUAUUUUGUUAUUAUUACAUAUUAUAAAAACCUAGUUUGAUCAUUGUAUACUAUAAUCAUUGGAAUGUAAAUAUACCUAUUGAACGCUA